AGAGCUCGCGAGAGGAACAUGGCCGCGGCGGGCCGGGGAAUGUGCUGAAACAGACACUCUACAAGGGUGCUAGAGAUACAAGAGCGCCGAGGCCAGCCCAGGAUGGAGCCCGCGGGGCCGGCGGACGCCGAGGACGAGCCCGGGCCCCCGGCGCGGCUGGCGCCCAGCCCGCACAGCGAGGCCGUGGCACACGAGCUGCGGGGGCUGUCGCUGCAGCCCAGCCCCUGCCUGCCGCCCCUCACCGAGCGCAAGAAUGUACUUCAGCUGAGGCUGCAACAGAGACGGACACGAGAGCAGCUGGUGGACCAGGGCAUCAUGCCACCUUUGAAAAGUCCAGCUGCAUUCCAUGAGCAGAUAAAGAGCCUGGAGCGAGCCAGGACUGAAAAUUUCUUGAAGCACAAGAUCCGGAGCCGGCCGGACCGCUCGGAGCUGGUCAGAAUGCACAUCCUGGAGGAGACCUUUGCAGAGCCUUCACUACAGGCCACUCAGAUGAAACUGAAGAGAGCUCGCUUGGCAGAUGAUCUGAAUGAGAAGAUUGCUCAGAGACCUGGCCCUAUGGAACUGGUAGAAAAAAAUAUUCUUCCUGUAGACUCCAGCGUUAAAGAAGCCAUUAUAGCAGUUGGACAAGAGAAUUACCCUCAAGCUUUGGAUGAUUUUUCAUUUGAUGAAGACAGCAGUGAUGCUUUAUCACCAGAUCAACCAGCCAGCCAAGAAUCCCAGGGUUCAGCAGCUUCCCCUGGUGAGCCAAAACCAAGUGACUCACCCUCACCAAUAACCCCAAAUGCUGCUACAUCAACACAGUAUCCACCUUUAACCUCUCCAGUUCCUGAAUUUCUCAAAACCCCCUCUACAAUCGAACAGCACGUGACUCGUUCCACUGCUGCAACCACCCUGACCACAACCUCUGUAUCUGCAGCCAAGCCUGGGCCAACCUUAGUGAAGCAAAGCCACCCAAAGAACCCAAAUGAUAAACAUCGGAGCAAGAAAUGUAAAGAACCUAAGCCAAGGGUGAAAAAAUUGAAGUACCAUCAGUAUAUUCCACCUGAUCAGAAAGGUGAGAAAAAUGAGCCACAGAUGGACUCCAACUAUGCUCGUCUGCUACAACAGCAGCAACUGUUUUUGCAGCUGCAGAUCCUGAGCCAACAGCAACAACACUACAACUACCAGACAAUUCUACCUGCACUGCUGAAGCCACUGAAUGACAAACAGAGCAACAAUGGGAAUUCACCACUGAAUACUCUGAACAACAACAGUACACCAACAUCAGCUGCCAGCUCACCAAGACAGACCAGUAAUGUUCCUAGCAGGAAACCAGGUCCUCUGCCUUCAAGCUUGGAUGACUUGAAGGUAGCAGAGCUUAAAAUGGAGUUGAAACUGAGGGGAUUACCAGUGUCUGGAACAAAAACAGACCUUAUUGAGCGUCUGAAAACCUAUCAAGAUCUUAACAACAAUGGGGUUGCUACAAGUACCUCUGUGACAGUGACAACUUCUAGUGGGGCCACAGGUAACACUGGGGAAGUGACUGUGGCAUUUCCUGUUGCAGCAGUAAAUAAACCAGUGGCUACUACAAUAUCCAGCUUCCCUCCGGAAAAAACAUCUACUGCACCUGGCAGCAAAGCAGUAAAUACUGAAAACGUCAGCUCUCCCCUGCCUAUAUCCCCCUCUCCCUCUGAACAGUCCAGUCUAAGCACAGAUGACACGAGUAUGGCAGACACUUUCCCAGAAAUGACCAUGAUGUCACCAUCCCAGUUCCUGAGUACUUCACCCCUGAGGGCAACUACAAACGAGGAUAAUCAGAAUCGCAGCAGUGGCAGCAUCUCAACCAUGGAGUUUGAUGUAGCAGAAAAGGACCGCAAGCUUCAAGAAAAAGAAAAACAAAUUGAAGAGCUCAAAAGAAAACUGGAACAAGAGCAAAAACUUGUGGAAGUAUUGAAAAUGCAGCUUGAGGUUGAAAAAAGGGGACAACAGCAACAGUCUCAGACUUUUGGUAACUCAGCUGCUUUGGAACAGAAGCAGUUCAGUGGUGCUGUCAAAGAUGAAAGUGCCCCUGCUGACUGCUCAAGUACCAGUCAGUCUGUCCCUGUGGCCAGCCAUUCCUUAGGACAGCCCGUGUACACCGCUGGCCACAAUCCAGUUGCCAAAAAGGCAGUUGUUAUCAAGCAGGAGAUACCUGUGGCCAAAGCUGAACCUCACAAUGCCAUUUCUCAGUUUUAUGUUAGUCCACAGAGGCAGCCACAAACUGCAGUUGUUGCCCAGCCUCAAGCUUUAUUAACUACACAAGGAACUGCCCAGCUGCUCCUCCCACUGUCCAUCCAGGGACCCAAUGCUGCUACUGCAGUGCAGUUACCAGUUGGAAAUAUCAAGUUGCAGGCUCAAUCACAAGCUGGAAUACAGACCCCAUCACAAAUACCUGCUCCUAUUUCUUCCUCUGGCCUGGUGCAGACAGCACCUCAGAUGCAUGCUCCACAAUCAAAACAAAAUACCAUCACGCAGCACGCACUUGGUCAGAGCCAACAAGUCAGAAAGGUUUUUCCACCUGCCACAUCAAAUGCAGUAUUUUCCUAUCAGACUGCACCAGUUUCAACACCUUCACAAUCUUUUAUUAAUAAAUCAUCAAACUCUAACAUUCACCCUGGUGGUAAUCAGGUCCCUUCUGUGCAGAAUGGACCUGCUGCUCCCAACAAGCCUGGGUCUCCAUCUCAAGCCCAGCCUUACAUUGUUCAGCAGCCCCUCUUCAACAACACAGUGUCCAAGACAAAAGAUCCUCCUCGUUACGAGGAGGCCAUAAAACAGACCCGCAGUGUUCAGCCGUCGCAGCGUGAGAUUUCCAGUGCACACAGUCAGCAGAUGGAUGAUCUUUUUGAUAUUCUCAUCAAGAGUGGAGAGAUUUCCCUUCCAAUAAAAGAAGAACCAUCUCCCAUAUCUAAAAUGAGACCAGUAACAGCCAACAUCACUACAAUGCCAGUGAACACAGUGGUAUCCCGUCCACCUCCGCAGAUCCAAAUGGCCCCUCCUCCUGUGUCCUUAGAACCAACAACCAGCUUGUCUAUCAGUUUGGAAAACCAACUUGAAGCCCUCUUGGAUGGAACUUUACCAUCAGGUAAUGAAAUUCCUCAACUGACAAGCAGUAAUGAGGACAGAGAGUCAUUUUCUUUAAUUGAAGACCUCCAGAAUGAUCUGCUUAAUCACUCCAGCAUUUUAGAUCACUCUCAUUCACCCAUGGAAACAUCUGACCCACAGUUUACUACUAAUAAUUCUUGUCUGUCUCUUGACCUUCCCGAUACAAAUUUGGACAAUAUGGAAUGGCUGGACAUUCCAAUGCCCAGCUCCUCAUCUGGACUCACCCCUCUCAGUUCUGCUGCCCCGAGCGUGUUUUCCACUGACUUUCUAGAUCCACAAGAUCUACAGUUGCACUGGGAUUAAGCUAUAGCCAAUGAGAACACAACCUGCAAGUCUCUCUACACAGAGGUCCAUUAUUAAACCAUUCUGAUUGCAGUUAACAUAAACUAAGACAGUAAUGUUGGGAAGAACAAAUGCUUGAAGCUAAUUCCUUAUUGAUUUUCAAGUUUACAACAGUGAAUCACUUUAUGCACCUAUCAGUAAUGCAGAUCAGGGCCCUCUGGAAGCUGUAUUUCACAAGUCAAGAAAGGAUGAUUGUACUUUGUGAUUAAAAGUACCCCAAGGUAAAUGUAUCACAAAUAUUUAAGAGAGAAGUUACAUCUCUGACUUUGUAAUGCUUAAAUGAGCAACACAACAUGACUAAACUGAGAGUGAGAUGUCAGUUCUCUGUAUUGACCCAGUGAGCAAAUGGCUGGGGGAGGGGAGGUAUCACUGCACUUCAUUGUUCCUGUGGAAAGCCUGAGCCAGGUUCAGAACUAAUUGUGAGGGCAAAGGCAAAUAGAAGCACUGGCUGGUUCAGUGAAAUUUCAUAUCUCUAGUCUCUUAAUUUGUUCAAAUUGUUUUUAUAUUUUGCUUUUGUGGAUUUUAAAACACUUCCCCCAUUCUUUAAUCGUGAGGGAGGAAUUUACCUGCAUCCAAAGGGAUAUUAAGUGUAACUGCAAGAAAUCCACUGUAGCUAAUGCCAGGUAAUAUUGAGAACACUGAAUUUUCUAUAGCAAUGCUCUGGAUUUAAUAGCUAGGUUUUAAUGUGUAUAUCAGACAGUUAUUUGUAUACUCUUUUAACUUUAUAUAGCUUAUUUUUGUGAACAGAGGGGAACACAGUGGUCUUCAAACAAGAGAUUAUUAUAAUGGAAGUAAAUAUCCUGUUUUGCUUUGUGUUUGAGGAUAUUUGUUAGAUCAUUGAAUCCAGUAUCUCAGCAUACUAGAAAAGUUUGAGGAAGUAGAAAAGUUUAAUUAAUAGUGUUGUAUACUACAAUCCUGCAAGCAUCUAUGCAUAAUAGUCCCAAUGCCCUCAAUAAAAGAUGUUUGUAGGAUGAGAUCAAGUUGCAGGGGACAGUGCUGACAGGACAACCAUAAUUUUUCAGUGAACACUUUGUCUGUUGAACAGCUUUGUCUGCCACUACAUAACAUCAGGGAAACCAACAGAGCAGCUGCUCAGUGCAAAUCCUAAACACCAGGAUCAGAAUGUACUGUUUGUGAUAAGAAGGCAUACUGCAUAUCUGAAACAGAGAAUAGCAAAAAUUAAGCUCUUACCUCACAGCACAGCACAUGAAUAUUUUUUUGUUGUUUUAAAGCCCAUAGUUGUUGUUUUCAGAGUCUAUUUUGAAAGGAGUAAGAAAAACAAAAAAAUCAAGUAGAACUAAUAUACUUUGACAUUCUAUGGUUGUCUCUCAGGUAAUAGCUGUUAAAUGUUGCCAUAGAUGAUGGAGGCUUAUAAUCAAACACAAAAUUGGAAUUUCCUAUUAGGGAAUUCCUAAAUUAAGAUAAAAGGAAACACUCCCUGUUUCCUGAAAUACAGAAAUAUUGCAUGUUUUCUAGUCUGAAAACUGAUCUCAUUGCAUGGUUAUUUCCUCACCAACAAGUUUCAAAAAUAAAGUUUUGUAGGAUUGAAUGAAAAAAUGCCCCAAAGCUUUUGCCUACUUCUUAGAAUAAUGCUAUGUAUCAAAGAAAUACUGAAAACAGUAAGUAGCUGUUAGCCACUUAGCAGCCUUCACCACAUUUUUCAAAAAUUAAAACACAACACAAUCAUGUUAACAUCAAACAAAUACUUUUGUCAGAAAAUGUUACGGAAUUAGCUGAAAAUUUGCAUCUCCAGAUAUAAUGCAGUCUGGUUCACUGAUACGACAGAGUUCCAUUGGCUUCAGAUAAAAUAAUGGAUUCCAUCAGUGAUUCAGGGUUUGAACUGAUACCAUAUGUUUGCAUCAUAUCAAUUACAGCACUUUAAAUCAUUGUGUACCUUCACUGGUUUUACUGGCCAAGAAUUACUGUAAUAUGAAAGUAAUACAAGAAACAAUCUUUGGAGAUUUUCACUACACACAGUUGAAAGACAGAAUUCCUUAUUCCUUCUUGCUGUGCCUACAAUACUUGAGUACAAUAUUACAUGGGGACUGUCUGCCUUAAGUUUUGAUGGUAUAGGACUUUUCAGUAACAGUGAACACUUCACAUUCAACUUUUUGCAUUCCUGUUCAUCAUCCAAUAUUGGGAGCUGACACUCUGAGAUAUGAAGUGCCCUCGGCUGUUACGAGAAUAAGAAUUAAGGACUCUUGGUCUGAUAGGAACAACUCUGAAUGAAAUUUAGUGUUCUGCAGUACUGUCAGUUUAUUAUGUGUGAUACACCAGACAUCAUACAAUAUAUGUGUGGUUAGAGUUAUCCCUUUUUGACCCUGCCUCCUGAUUAAAUGAGAGGCAAGUAAAUUAAUUUUUAGAGGACAAAUUAACCUAGAGCAACUGUAUUGUCAUUU